AUGGCUUACAAUUACACAAUUCGCUUGAGCACAGACUCGGACGAAUAUAAAAUCUUUGUCAAGGCACUUGGAUGUUCUUCCGAUCAAGAGAUUCUCAGAAUGUACCUUGAAAGGUCAUUUCUGAAAGAAUCUAAAAUUGAUAAAAACGUUGCUCUCCGAGAAGUACUUAAUGGCGACGCAGCUGGUGUUAUUGCCACUUUUAACUGCUUCAAGCAAAACUUGGAAACAAUCGUUGGGCACUAUGAUAUGCUCGGAGUUUUAGCACUACUGCGUAAUAUUGCAUCUAAAAUGACAACCCGGCUAAUCUCACAGCUGCAAGAUUUCAUCGAUUCAUUGCCUGACAAGCAUCAGGAAUUAGCCAAACAUAUAAGCAACAUAGUUCUCAAAGAAGUCAACAAGAACGUCCAGCAUGUCUUGCCAAGGAGGUACACGAUUAGGAUUGAGCCUAACAUCGUUCCGAAUGAUUUUACGUUCAACGGUGAAAUCGAAAUCGAGAUUGACGUCCUCGAGGAUACGUCUUUGAUAGUGCUGCAUGCUGCAGAGCUCAGGAUCGAUGAAUAUGCCACGAAACUGCGUUAUCUGGGCGGUCCAGAGGUGAACGUGGUAAUAAGACCUGCUUACGAUCCUGAUACGAACUUCUACGUACUACUAUUGAACGGGUGUCUUAUCAGGGGCCAUUAUGUAUUGGAGAUGAAAUAUCAGGGAAUAUUGCGCGAUGAUUUUCGUGGCUUCUUCAGAGAUUCGUAUGUGGACGAUGUGGGUAAAAAGGUAUGGUUUGUAGCGACCCAUUUCGAAGCGUCCGAUGCGAGAAGAGCGUUUCCCUGCUUCGAUGAACCAUCGUUCAAGGCAACCUUCAAAAUAUCCAUCACGCAUUCCAACGUCCUCAAAGCGAUAUCCAAUAUGCCUGAGACCGCAAUGAUAUCCGACGAGAAAACAUCAAAGACAACGACUGAAUUUCAAGAAACACCGAAAAUGUCAACAUACCUCGUAGCUUUCAGUGUUUCGGACUUCCGUUAUUACGUCACGGAACAGAAAAACUACAGAAUAUUUGCAAGACUUGAUAUACUUCAUUUGACUGAAUUCGCCGAGAUGUGGGGUCCUAAGGUGCUUUUGCAACUGGAGUCAUAUACUGGUAUUCGUAAUUUACAACCAAAAAUGGAUAAUCUUCUCUUACCAGUGUUUAAUCAUGCCGGUAUGGAGAACUGGGGUCUCGUCAUGUACAGGGAAAGUGCACUGUUGUAUGAUAUAGAUUGGAACACCACGGAAACCAAAUCCAAAAUCGUCCAGUUGUUAGCACACGAGUAUGCCCACCAUUGGUUCGGAAAUCUUGUAACUCCGUCCUGGUGGUCCUCCAUUUGGCUUAGCGAAGGUUUUGCGACGUACUUUCAGUACUUGAUUACAGAUCAGGUUGCCCCAUCUUGGCGUACAAUGGAUCGGUUCGUGGUCGAAGUCCUUCAGAAAACAGCAUUCGUCGUUGACGAUGACGAGAAGCAGCAGCCAAUGGAGAUCACGGCGACGCUCAGUGAUACGCAUAAGAUGCAUAAACGAAUUUUUAACAAAAUUACUUACAUUAAAGCGAGCUGCGUCAUCCGUAUGUUUGAACAUGUGUUAACGCCAGAAAAAUUUCAAACUGGAAUACGCAAUUAUCUGGGAAACAAGAGUUAUCAGGCUGUUACUUCUGAUGACUUGAUCAGAGAAUUAGCUACGGUCGGUAAAGACAUCAAGUUCCUGGGUAAAGCACUGACCUCCUGGAUCACACAACCAGGUUACCCCGUUGUCAGCGCCAUUCGAAAUUAUACGAAUAGAAUCGUUAUUUUGUCGCAAGAACGAUUUUUAACACAAAGUUCCGAAGCCCCGACACAGCGGUGGAUAGUCCCAAUUAACUUGGUUUCCGCAGGAAAAACCGAGAAUUUUUCGAAGACUGAGCCAACUUAUUGGCUUUACAACGAUACUAAAACGCUGACGAUCCCGGGAUUAAAAAGCGACAGUUGGAUCAUCUUGAACAGUCAGCAAACUGGUUACUAUCGUGUGAACUAUGACCCUCGCAACUGGUAUAUGAUCAUCGACUGUCUGAAGAAUUCAACAACAAUGAAAAAAAUUCAUCCAUCAAAUCGAGCCCAACUCUUGGACGAUUCUUUCCAUCUCGCUAGAGCUCAAAAACUUCCAGAUCUUUCAAUUUUCCUAGAAAUGACAAAUUAUCUUCAACACGAAGACGACUAUGUUCCAUGGUAUGCAGCGAUUCGUGCCUUCAAGGUUAUUAACGAAGCUUUGAUGAAUACCGAUUGUUACGAUCUCUACAAGCUCUAUGUUCAACGGCUCACUGCAAAAAUAGAAGAAAAGUUAGGCUACACUGAGAAAUCUGGAGAAGAGGACGACGUGAAGCUCAACAGAGUGAAAAUAAUGGAACUAGCAUGCGCCAUGGGUUCUAAAAAAUGUCAGAUUGCUGCUCGCCAGAUGAUGAUUUCACAUUUGCUCGAGUACGCAAAGACUUAUUCACCUGACAUACAAACUGUUGUGCUCUGCGCGGGCAUGCGAACGGCCAACAAAGAGGAAUGGGAAAUGGCUUACAAUUACACAAUUCGCUUGAGCGCAGACUCGGACGAAUAUAAAAUCUUUGUCAAGGCACUUGGAUGUUCUUCCGAUCAAGAGAUUCUCAGAAUGUACCUUGAAAGGUCAUUUCUGAAUGAAUCUAAAAUUGAUAAAAAUGUUGCUCUCCAAGCAGUACUGAAUGGCGACGCAGCUGGUGUUAUUGCCACUUUCAACUGCCUCAAGCAAAACUUCGAAACAAUCGUUGGGCGCUAUGAUAUGCUCGGAGUUUUAGCACUACUGCGUAAUAUUGCAUCUAAAAUGACAAUCCGGCUAAUCUCACAGCUGCAAGAUUUCAUCGAUUCAUUGUCUGACAAGCAUCAAGAAUUAGCUAACCAUAUAAGCAACAUAGUUCUCAAAGAAGUCACCGAGAACGUCCAGUAUUCCAAAAAAUAUGUAGAUACUGCAACAAAGUUUUUGUUAGCACAACAUUUGUAA